AUGCAGAUCAAGGAUGAUCCUUCCUUGAAGUGGCCGGAGAAAAUGAGGGGAGACCCCAAUAAACGCAAUCGGAACAAGUAUUGUCGCUUCCAUAGGGAUCAUGGUCACGAUACGGACGAGUGUUUCGAUUUAAAGCAACAAAUCGAAAAUCUCAUAAGGCAAGGGAAGCUGAAGAAUUUCCUUGGACGAGAUAACAGGGACGAAAAAAUGAAAGGAAAAAUGGAAGAAUCAUCACGGCCGCCACUCGGGGAAAUAAGAGUCAUUAUAGGGGGAAGUUCGACGGGCCAGUCAUCCAAGUCCAAGAAAGCAUAUUUGAAGGUAGUGCAGAGUGUCCAGCUUUCUGGACGAUCACCGAGAGCAAGGACCACGGACGAAGCAGCGAUCACUUUCACGGACGAAGACGCUGAGAGAAUUCAUCACCCACAUGAUGAUGCUCUCGUCAUCACCUUAAUGAUUGCUGACUAUACAACUAGAAGGGUGCUUGUAGACACCGGAAGCUCGGCGGACAUUUUGUAUUAUCCAGCUUUUCAACAAAUGAGGCUAGGACGAGACCGGCUCCGUCCAGUGAACUCCCCCCUAGUAGGUUUUGGUGGCAUGAAGGUACAACCCGUGGGUACCAUUUCCUUGUCAGUGGUAGUGGGGGCAUACCCAUGA